AUGGAGUACCUCCCCGGGGGCGUGUUCUCCGCGAUGCCCAGAUUGCAGUUCCUUUACCUGGGAGCCAAUCGCCUGCGCACCAUCGCCCCUGGAACGUUUAAUGGCCUUUUCUACCUCCAUUUGCUGUCCCUGGAGAGGAACCACCUGCGCAGCCUCGACAACGGGACGUUCGAGGGCCUGGAGUCAGUGAAGACGUUGAUUCUCCAGGACAACGCCAUGGAGAGCUUCGAGCCUGGGACCUUCAGCAAUCUCGUCUCGGUUGAGUCACUGUGUCUGAAGGGGAAUGGCUUGAGUGAGCUUCCUGAGGGCGACGUAUUUGGAGACAUGACGAAUCUCCAGUACAUUCCGGCUCAGCUGCUCCUAUCAACAAUUUCGCUAACUCCACCUUUUUUUAUUCGUGAAUCCACCACCUUUUUUCCCUUUUUUUUCCAUCGACGCAGUUACUUCGACGAAUUCCGGCAGUGCUCUCUGGCCCUCCACGUGCGCCAGUGCGAGCCGAAGGGAGAUGGAAUAUCGUCCGUUGAACAUCUUCUGGACAGCAUAGUACUUCGGAUAUGCGUGUGGGUGAUGGGCCUGAUGGCGUGCGCCGGCAACAUCCUGGUUCUCGUCGGGCGCUACGUGGUCAAGGAGCCGAACCGCGUCCACUCCUUCUACAUCAAGAACCUGUCUCUCUCCGACCUCCUGAUGGGCGUCUACCUAUUCAUCAUCGCCUUCUACGACGCUUCCUUCAGGGGCACGUACAUCCGGCACGAGACCUCCUGGCGGCGCUCCUGGCAGUGCAGCUUCUGUGGCUUCCUGAGCACCCUGAGCUCCGAGGCGUCCGUGCUCACCCUCACCACCAUCACCCUCGACCGCUACUGCUCCAUCGUCCACCCCCUCACCCUCAAGGAGAGGACCUUCCGCGCCGCCGCCGGGGUCAUGGCCACCAUCUGGACCUUCGCCGCCCUGCUCGCCCUACUGCCGGUCGUCGGCCUCGCCUACUACGGGGACAACUUCUACGGGAGCAACGGCAUGUGUCUGCCGCUGCACAUCCACGACCCGUAUGCGAAGGCCUGGGAGCACUCCGCCGCCAUCUUCAUAGGCCUGAACCUCGUAGCCUUCAUGUUCAUCGCCUACGCCUACAUCAGGAUGAUCAUAGCCAUCCAAGAGUCCCGGAUGUCCCUCAGGUCGACGCAAGAGAAGCAGGACAGGAUUCUGGUGAAGCGUUUUGCCUUCAUCGUCGGCACGGAUUUCCUGUGUUGGAUGCCGGUUAUUAUCAUCAAGGUUGUGGCUCUGUCAGGGGUUGGAAUUGACAGGACAUUAUAUGCCUGGUUGGCUGUCUUUGUCCUCCCCGUUAACUCGGCCCUGAACCCUAUCCUGUACACGCUGGCGACAAAGAUCUUUAAACAACAGGUAAAUGUCGUGAAGAUGGUCUUUAACAUGAGUCGCUGGCCGGUGAGUCAGCCCCGGACAGGCACGGACUCGAACCCCUCGAACUCCUACGUGAUGCUCUACCGCGGGAGAUUCCAGACGGCGCAGAUGUCGACGCGCACCGCCUCUCUCUGGUCGCACCGAACGCGGAGACUCAGCAUGGACCAAAGAGGGGUUUAUGGCAUCGCCCACGCUGCCCCCCCGCCCUGCACCUGCCCGCCCACCUGUGAGAUCUAA